UGAAACGCUGUCGUUCUCGUGUUGCUCUUCAUUUCCAUGUGUUACAUAAUGAAGACGUGGUCGUUUUUAGGGGAAAUGUCAGAAAAACUGAGAAGAUGCAGAAAGGAGCUGACUGCAGCUAUUGACCGGGCCUUUGAGGGAGUCAGUCGCGCCCAGCAGCGCGCUGGGCGGCGGAAGCUGGAGCUGGACGCCGCGCCGCCGCGCUCCGUCCCCGCCGCGGGCCGCGGGCCGCGCUGCUGCCCAGGGCUGCCGCUGGCCGCCACCGGCGCCGCCGCUCCUCUGGCUCCGGCCCCCUGCGCUCCGGAGGCCGAGGGCCCGGCCUCCGCACCCAGCCUCGCCCCGGUGAACGCAAAGCCACAGGCCGUGUGUCCGCAGAGGAAACCCCUGAGCAGCAAGGAGAACGUACUGCUGCACUCCUCCAUUUUGGCACCGGAAAGGCAGCUGUGGAGGGCGGCGGGGGACGGGGAGAGCUGGAGGAGAGACGGCCUCAGGAAAGAUACAGAGAAAGAUUUGAAGGUUGACUCAAAUAUGCCACUAAGCAACUCUAGCCAGGAGGUCACAAAAGAUCUGCUGGAUAUCAUCGACAAUACAAGCAUCCGAACUAUUGAAGAAUUGGCUGGAAAACUAGAAUUUGAAAACGAGUUGAACCGUGUGUGUGACCCCUGCAAAGAUUCGCCCUUCACGGAGGAAGCCUGGGCACUGCUCAUGGACGAGAGCCCGCAGAAGGUCUCGGAGGUGGAGCCCAGCAGCCUCCGGCCGGCUUUCGAUGAUCACAGCAUUGUGGAGACAAUCCUGGACUUGGAAGAGGACUACAAUUUGAUGGCCCCUUUUAAAUACCACACUGAGUAAGGACAGCUGCCUUCAGAAGCUGACGUUAGGUGGCUGCAGAGGUAGCAAGUCACAUUUUUCAAAGGGUUGGUAGAAUCUGAAUCACCACACCCUUCUUUUUUUAAAUAAUUAUUUAUUGAUUUUGAGAGAGCAAAACAUUGACUUACU